UCAUCCAUUACAUUGAAAACAGAGCAAUCAAAACCCACACUCUCUCCUCUUUCCCUUGUCCAAACAACCAAAACUCAGAAGAAAGAUGUCUUGCUGCGGAGGAAACUGUGGGUGCGGCUCAAGCUGCAAGUGCGGCAAUGGCUGCAACGGCUGCAGCAUGUACCCCGAUCUCAUCGAGACCGCCACCACCUCCACCCAGACCAUCAUCGCCGGCGUCGCCCCGGUCAACAUGGGAUUUGAGGGCUCGGAGAUGAACUUCGGUGCCGAGAACGGCUGCAAGUGCGGAUCGAACUGCACCUGCGACAACUGCGGCUGCAAAUGAACAAAAACCCUACAACACCCUCGCUCGGUGCCAUGUACGAAUCAGGGACUCUUGGUUCGUGAUCAUGGUUAUGUAGUAAUAAGAAAGUUGUUGUUGUUGUUGUUGUUGAUGUUUGUGUAAAUAAAGAACAGCCACGGCAGGGGUUUGAUUCCGUAGAAGACACAAAAGAGUAGGGGAGGAAAUCCUUUCAUGCGAAGAAGGGUUUUCUUCCUUUUUCUUGUUUCGUCUCCGUCCUUAAUUGCUGCUGCUGUGGCUGGGUUUCCUGUAUUUGCUGCUAUGUAUGUGUCGUUUAACUUGAAAGCUUUGUUGGGUUUCGCCGGGCGGUUAUCAAAAAUACAAGUGCGAUAUGCUUUCUUAAAUUUGAGCUCUUGCUCUGUUUCGGACAUGACUGCAGACAGAGCGCAGUCAUCAGAUACCUACUCUACUCUUACUUACUAUUGCCGUAACGUAAUGGAUUCAUUAUUAAUUAGAGCAGGUAAAUAAGUAAAUUAGGAUAAGAUCGUUGACUUAAACACCCCCCCAAAAUGCUCUCUGGUGGUCCACUUGACUAUUACCCAUUGUCGAUUGACAUCUGAUUCCAACGAUAGAAGACUUUCCUUGUGAUCCCACCAAAGCGAAGCUGCUGUCUGUGGGGUGGACCAAAAGCGUUUAGCAAGUCGUGCAAAAACUGCGAUCCUCUAAAGUGGUUUUAUUGAUUGGGAAAUAUCUGUUAGUUGGAUGCAGCAGUACCUUGUUUUCUUCAGGUUCUGGAAAUCAAGAUCUAGCUGCCAUUUUUAUUUUUAUUUUUCAUAGGCCGAACCAAUAGUUGAGGUGAUUGCUGCAUCAGCAUCAGCCAACGAUCACUAUUCACUAUCGGUCUAUCACUGUUUUGAAAUUCAGCUUAACAAUAGACCAUUUGUUCCUAACUAACGGGAAUCUAGCUAAGUAACGUGACUAGUUCUUACAGAAAAAUCCCAAAUACAACCGUUUGUAUAAAAAUUCCUAAAUGAUGUUUUCACCGUAUACCGAGGUUAGUCCGACAGUAUGAGGAGCAGGUUAGGGAGUGGUUGGCAUUUGUGCAGCCGGCUCAGGCUUCGGUUCAGCAGCGACGGAUUUUGGCAAGGGCUCGGGGCCCGGUUCAGUCGCUGCCGGCGCUGUCUUACUCCUGUCAUGUGGACGGUGCGGUCUCAUUAGGAUCCCACGGUGCGGGGGGCUUGGUUGUCCGGGAUGACAUGGGUCGAGUGUGUCUGGUUAAGGGGUUUUAUUAUGCAGAUAUUGUGGAUCCUUUUCUGGUAGACCUCGUGGCAUAUCGGGACGCGAUUCAGUGGUGCUCUUUGAAGGGUCUUACUGAAGUGUGGUUUUAUGGGGACGUCAAGGUUGUUAUUGAAAAGAUUCAACGGCGAGAUGCAAGAGACUUGAAGGGAGGGCGGAUUCUGGAGGAGAUUGAGGGAUUGCGACGUCAGUAUCAUAACUUUGGUGUUUCUUUUGUUGACAGGAAUGACAAUCGGGUGGCUCAUGAUAUGGCCAGAAAGACCCUUUCUUUGUUACCUGUAGUUAUCGAGAGUUUUGAUUUUGAUCGUUGGUUACUUUUGGAUUGUAAAUAAUGUUAUCUUUUGAUUUUGGUAAUACCAGUUGUCUAUUGAUAAAAAAUACAUGUUUUCACCAUAUCGUUUGCAUCACAAGCGAUCUACAUGAAUCAUCGCUGGAGCCUGGAGAGAAAGGCGAUCAUGAGUAAAUCACUUUACUUUGAAGCAAUGAUACUUAAAUCGCUUCCAAAGGAAGGCGAUGAAAGUGCUAACCGCUUACAAAGACAACUAUUUACAAUAUCAUCGCUGGUGAGAUAAGCGAUCAACUAAAUCGCUUCCACAAAGAGCAAUCAAUAUUAAAUCGAUGUCCUCGACAAUGAUUUUAUUUCAACAAGAGGUUAGGGUUGGUGUUGUCAGUUCAUCGUUUUUGUUACAAGCCAUCACCUUAAAUCGCUAUUGUCAUGCGCAAUCAAUAUUAGGCACGAGG